GAAAAAAAGUCAAAAAUUAUAUGCGUUUUUUAGCAUAAACUGAUAAAAGCAUAUUCCAAAUCGCCUUCAAAAUAUCGAAUUCCAGACAUUAAGCAAAUUUACACAAUCCCUCUUCCAACAACUCCAAUCCUCCACAAUUAAGAAUUCCCUCUGGAGAAAGAUCGAAAAGCAAUCAUGGCGACCCCUCAAAUUUUGCAGACGGAGCAGGACGUUCUUAUGUACUCUUCCCUCUUUCCCAAAGAUGAAAAUGUGAGACCUCGAGGUGUGGAAAUCGAGAAGAAGAUUGAGUAUCUUGAGAGCUUGGCUGGAAAUGUUAGGAACCGGAGAUCUCGCAGAUGGUUAAAUGAUCGCUUGUUAAUGGAGCUCGUUCCUCGCUUGAAUGCUGAGGAAAUUAGAGGAUUGUUUGCCCCGCCACCAUGGGGUGAGGAAGGGCCUCCUUCGGCAUUUUGCAUGACAAAAGUGGGGGAGUGGGAUAGCUUCAGAAACAUAGACAUGGAUAAGGAGGCAUCUAUCAUGGAAUCGAUUGAAAAUUCGUCAUCAAAGCGGAGAGAUCGUCAAGAUGCUGACAAAGUUGCUGUACUGACUGCCUGGCACCGUGUAGAUGGUAGGACUAGGGAGGCACUUCGUCGUUGUUAUCUUACGGACUUGGUCAGUGGAUACGAGGAAUGCAUACGUUUGUUUGUCAAAGACAGCGGGAACAAAGAUGUUCUAGUCAUGCACGUUCAAGAUCCUUUCCACCGGUUACUGCUGCAUGGUGUUUGUGAGUUUUACAACCUUGUCUCGACCACGGUUGCCCAGUCAAAAGGCGGUGCGCCUACAAAGACUACCAAGAUAAAGAAAAAGCAGUCGGCGUCGUCAGAGCUCCCUAAGAUAACACUAUGCAACUUCCUGAAAAUGGCAAAAGAAGGAUUCUGGUGAUCCCUUGUAUAUGUGCAACUGUACUAUAAAAAUUAGCUUGUACAUUAAUAACCUACAUUUAUUUAACUGUUGUAAUAAUUGCUCACUCACCCUUAGCUAGUAAGGUUUGUUGUGUAGAAAUGUCUCAUUUCUUCACACAGACGGCCGACUGGGUUCGAGCAUUCAGGACCAGCCACUGAUAAUGUAUUUGUGUACUUCACUUGAUUUCAUUCAGCAAUAUUGUCUAUAUUUGUUAGUUUGUUA